UGUUGCACAAUCUUUCCACUUCUGACAAGUUAGUACCGUUUGAGAUUGCCAAUCGCGUGGAAGCUGCACGGAGCAGAUCGUUUGAAUUGAGUCGUAGGGAUACGUUUCGCGGUUCGCUAAUUCUAUAUCGGUUCCGUCGCUGAGUGUCAAUCAAGUGCUUGUUUUUGGAUUCUUCGAGUCGAAAAAGAAAUAAAAUAAUAAGCUGAUUUUACUUAGGAGCAGAUAAAACUUAACGAGCUUUUAAUUGAACAAGUGAUUUAUGACAAAUCUCCACAUUUGACGGAUGAUAUCUGGGGGUAAAAGUGCGCGGUAAGAUCUUUGCUUUGUUGCAGCAGCUGUCGAGUGUGAGUGUGCUAGUUGUGGUUCGCUGACUUGGCGUUGUGGGUUCGAUAACCUUUUCGCGAAAACCUCGUUUCCGCUUGCUGUGUUUCUAGUUAAAGUUGAAGUGCCACGCCAACUGUGACGGAUCAUAAUAAUAAUAAUCCGUUGUUAGCCUAAUGAAAGUAAAACCCAAUCUGUGAAACAUUUUCUCGAAAGUGAUAAACGAAACCCGUUAGGCGGAAACCAACAAAAAAAAAAACCGUCAAAAUUCCGCCUCUAGCAAUAAUGUCGUCAAACGGUGCCGCGCACGACGACGACGAUCUGGACCACGAUCAGGAGAUCAAUGUGGAUGCCGUCGAUUCGGAUUCGAACCACUCGCGGAUGUCGUACAACAGCGCCGCCGGAUGCUCGGACGAGGAGGAUAUCGACUUGGAGGAUGGCAACGGAAGCUCCUGCUGCGAUGAUUCGGAUAUCAUUAGGUACGGGCUAGCGAUUCGUGAUCACCACCACCAUCAGACGGCCACCGGACAGACGACGCGAUCACCAAACGAAGCCCUCUCGUUCAGCAUAUCCCGGCUUCUGGGGAAAUCCUACGAUAGCAGCAACAGCAGCCGGAGUCCUUCCGGUCUAGCCGGUGCCGGCAAAGAUCACCACCACCACCAUCGACGAGAGACCACCGAUUCCGGGGAGCACUCGGACGGCGACGGGGACAGUCCCAAGAGCAACGAGAACCAUCACAUCACGGCCAACGGAGGCCUUCCGUACACCGCCAGUGCCCUGUACAGCUAUCCGAUCUACCCGACGGCGGGCCACGUGCUUCGAGUGCCACCCCAGCGAGGUCCCUGUAAUCCGCUGACCUGGUCUCUGCCUCCGCUACAUCCGGCUGCCCUCGCUCACCAAGCCGUCAAGGAUCGGCUCACCGCAGCGUUCCCCAUCGUGCGCCGGAUCGGCCAUCCGUACCAGAAUCGAACGCCACCGAAGCGGAAAAAACCGCGCACUUCCUUCACCCGGAUCCAGGUGGCUGAGCUGGAGAAGCGGUUUCACAAGCAGAAAUAUCUGGCAUCGGCGGAGCGGGCUGCCCUGGCCCGGGGACUCAAGAUGACCGACGCCCAGGUCAAAACCUGGUUCCAGAACCGGCGGACAAAGUGGAGACGCCAAACGGCCGAAGAACGCGAAGCGGAACGGCAGGCCGCCAACCGGUUGAUGUUGUCCCUGCAGGCGGAAGCGCUGAGCAAAAGUUUUGGCGCCCCACCUCCACCGCCAUCUGGAGCCGGAACGAUUCCCUCGGGGGUGCCAGGAGGCGGAGGUCCAGCCGGGGCCCCCCUGGCCGCCCUACACGGAUUACAGCCGUGGGCCGAGGCACAUACGGCCGGUUGCUGAAACUGAAACUUCAGCCGCUGAUGAUUUAGUUUUUCGGCAUCGAUGAAAACUGAAAAUUCGCCGAAUAGAUUUUGAUAAGGAGAAUAACACAAAUUUUGUGAUAUAUAUAAGAAGCGGGAAGUAGUUUUGACAGCGUUAGUUACAUUUAACAAUUUUCAAAAAAAAAAUCGUGUACAUUUUUGUAAAAAUUAUCACCUUUUUAUCUUAUUGUGUAAGAUAAUGUGACUUUAUUGACUUUAGGAUAAUGUAGGAAAGGUAGAAUUCAGUAGGUUUAGCUUUUGUUACUCAUUGAUUGUACAAACUCAUCCAGCUCACGACAUAAGGACAACAUCUUUACUCUAAGCAGUAUUUUAGGUGGAAACCAUCUAGCUGAGAAUUUAUAAACAAACAAAAAUAACACCCAAAAGCAGCCGCAGUAGCAAUAACAGCAAGAAUAAUCAACAUCAAACCCGCCCCUGCCUAGAAAAUUCCCGUAUACAUGUACAAAUAAUUACAGUAAGCACACUCACAAUAACUAACCUUACUAUAAACAACAAAGCAACAAAAUAAAUCUAGAAGAUUUGAAAAAUUAACAAAUCAGCAAUCAUUUUAUUUAAGUUUUUUUAACUCACGCCUAUCGAAUAAAAAAAACGGAAAUCUUUUGUAGCCGAUUGAAAUAAUAAACAUAAACGGUACCAGCAAAAAAUAAAAGACAUAAUUAAAUAAAUUACCUGUAAGAAACAUGAGAAAAACAACUCAGAAAAUCUCAGCCGAGCGUCUCGAAAGUGGAAAACAAGUCCCCAUAAGCAAAACACACAAAUUAAUAAAGGAGGAGACACACAUUUGUACAUACAGAUAAAGUUAUGAAGGAAAGCAAAAUUAAAACACAUUAACUCAACCCAUAAAGAGACUCACAUUUUCUGGAGAAUUAAUUCGAA